AUGAUUGUGAGCUUCAGCCCGCCGCUGUUCAAACAGAGAUAUCAGUUUGUUGUCGAGUUCGUCCAGAGGAUCAAGCCCAAAAAGGUGGUGGACUUGGGGUGCAAUGACUGCGCCCUCCUCAAAAAGCUGAAAUUUCACCAUGAAAUUGAGCUGCUGGUUGGAGUGGACAUCAACGGUGCAGUCCUCAAGGAUGGAAUGUAUGGACUUGCACCUCUCCCAUUUAACUAUCUGCAGCCCAGUUUUAGUUCACUGAACAUCCAGCUGUACCAGGGCUCUGUCACCCAAAAAGAUGCACGUCUCAGAGGAUUUGAUCUUGUGACCAGUAUAGAACUCAUAGAGCACCUUCAGCCUGCUGAUGUGAGCCGAUUCGGUGAGGUGGUCUUUGGCUACAUGACCCCAGUGUCGGUUAUUGUUAGCACCCCAAACUCUGAGUUUAACCCCCUUUUCCGUGGACUGAAAGGCUUCAGGCACAGUGACCACAAGUUUGAGUGGACCAGAGCUGAGUUUCGGUGUUGGGCUCUGAAGGUGUGUGGGGAAUAUGGUUAUGAAGUGCAGUUCACAGGCGUAGGACAGCCACCACCUGGCAUGCUGGAGACAUUUGGCUUCUGCUCUCAGAUUGCAGUUUUUAAAAGGAUCAGAAGAAACGAUGCCCGAGCUCAACUGAGAGAUGACGUCGGUGACCUCUUCCCAUACACGCUGCUGUACAAUGUAGACUAUCCCAGUCUGAAUGAUGCCAACCUCCUUGAGAAGGUCCUGGUGGCUGAGGUGCUGUGCCAGACCAAGCGACUGAGGUGGGGAUGGACAGGGGAAAUGGCUGGAGAGAGGGACGAGGGUUUGACAUUCUGUCAGACUGACGGUGAAAAAGAGACGGAGGUGAAGGAGAGCCAGACAGGUGAUGAGGAUGGAUGUGGUGAGGGAGGACAUGCAGUUGGCUGGCGUGACAGAGGAAGAUGCGGAGGACAGGAAAAGAUGGAAAGCUGGAGUGAGACACGUGCUCCUGAGGAUGAGGAGGAGUUUGGAAUGAAUGGCGAGGGACUUAAGGAAUCCUACAGACAAGACCGUUGUGUCCGUGUCCCCCUGGCCAGGCUCUGGUCCUGCUGUCCCCGGAUCAGAGCCCUGAGUGGAAGCCCCAGUCAUCUCAGACGGUUGCUGCUAAACAGUCGCUUGAUUAGGCUGACCGAAGAUGGCGCCGCUGUGCUUGUGGAUGACGAGGAGCAAGAUGAAGAAGUCGGAGGUGAUGAUUGGGAGGAUACUGGUGUAGAGGAAGAGAACAGGGCGACAGAUCUUUCAGCCAUGGCAAAAAAAUAAUUCAAAUGCAAGAUUUAGUGGGGGGGGGUUUCUUCCCAGUUACAAGGGAUGGAUUGGUGAAUUGCCCCCAUCCUCACAGUAUCCUGUAGUUCUGAAAUGAGCAAGUGAACACGUGUAAAAAAAAAAACUAAAAAAAAACAAACUUAUAACUUCAUAUGGUUAUUUUCCUUCUGGUUACAGACAGAGAUUUGGUGGCUCUGCUUUAAUAUUAUAUCGGUCAGUGGAUGCAGUACACAGGGCAAGUUUGUAAAGACUGCACUAGGAAUCCCCCACCCCCCCAUAAGUAAGAAAAAGAGUUAACUAAUUUUUUUCUGUUCUAAAUGAUUGAUGUGAAAAUCCCACAGGUGUUUUUUUUGUGCAAGCCAACCAGUCAAAGCAAACAGUAAUACUGUCUUCUUUGUAUUAGUUACUGCAAGACAUUUUCUUAAGACAGAAGAAUCA